AUGGGGUUCCGAUUACCACAGUUCAUGAAGAGUGGCGACGUAGAGGCCCAAAAAGAUGGCCAACUUUACCCUAAUCAAAUGGAGACGCCUCAGCUCCGUUGGGCCUUCAUCCGCAAGGUUUACAGCAUUGUCCUCUUCCAGCUGGCUCUCACCGUCGCAGUUGCCGCCGUCGUCGUCACCGUCGAGGACAUUCCCAAAUUCUUUAGAACCGGUCCCGGUUUAGGAACCCUAGUGGUCAUCAUUAUCCUUACUGUAGCCAUUGCUAUUUCGUUGUGGUGGUUGCACAACAAGCAUCCUUGGAAUUAUGUGCUGCUUAUUUUGUUUACCAUUUUUAAGGCGAUUACGAUUGGGUUUUGUUGUGCGUAUAAAGAAGGAAAGAUUGUUUUGCUGGCCGUGAUUCUGACGGCGACGGUGUUUCUUGCCCUGACUCUAUACACAUUCUGGGCAGUCAAAAGAGGAGCAGAUUUCUCCUUCAUGGGGCCAUUUUUGUUUGCUGCAUGUAUCAUGCUUUUUACAUUUGCCCUCAUUCAGUUUAUCGUACCUAUGGGGCCUUGGUGGAAGUGUACACUUGCAGCCUUGGGAGCGAUUCUGGCCUGUGCGUUUAUUGUAUACGACACAGACAACAUCAUCAAGCGCCUGAGCUACGACGAGUACAUCUUGGGAGCUAUCUCCAUAUACGCCGAUAUUGUCCUGCUUUUUCUUUCUCUUCUAGGGUUUGACUUUUAG